GACGUGCGUGGCAGUGGAUUGCGAGCUUCAGCUCUGCUCUCCGGCCCUUUAAGAAGCAGUUCCUCUGACUGGUUCCAGGGGGCGCAUGAUCCGUGUGUUACUGUUCUUUUCUUUAGUUUGCAGCGGAGCAGCAGCGCAUUAGGGGCUUUAGUAGUGCUGGAUCGGCCGGGUUGCGGGACGCAACGUCCUGCUCCGACAUGGAACAGGGAUCAUGGAGGUUUAUUGGGAAAAGCGGCGUGUUUGUUAGGACUUAUUCGUGUUGAUUUGCGGAGGGGCCGAUGUGGAGGUAUGGCUUGGUCAUUUGAGGAUACUUUCGCUAACGUACAGCUUUUCUGAUCGCUUUAAAUCAAAGAUUUUUUUUUUUAAGACGGCAGCUGCGUUCUGAAACGAAGUAUCUUUUACAUCAUGAUGUAAUGUUACAAUGUAACACGUUUGCAGCGCGACGUCAUGCAACAAUAUAACAAAUUCGAGCGUCCGCUCUGUUACACUCUUUAUGCUUUUUGAACCACGGAAGCUUCAUUAAACGAGCAUUUUCGCUGGUUUAUUUGUUUUCCUACGGACUCUUAACACUAACCAAAUCGAGCGAGAUUCUCAUACGAAUCCGUCUAUAUGUUGUAAGCGGACAUAAUGUACUUGAACGCAUUUGUAAAUAUUCCUAAACAUCUCAUAACAUCAAUUCGAUUCUCGAAGUGUCCCGCAUUGAAAUGUGGACUCUAGAAGUGAUCCAUUAAUGGCAUGCACGAGGGCACUGCUGCCGUUGUGUUCAGAAAAGCCGUCCAUUUAUCAUUCAUUUGAAGGAGUCGAGGAAAUAUGGCAGAUGAGAUAGAUAAGCCCUCGGCUGUGGACGUGGACGUCGACAUAGACCCUGAUUUCGAGCCCCAAAAAAGGCCCAGGUCUUGCACCUGGCCUCUACCCAGACCAGAGUCCAAUGCUGGCAAAGCAGAACCAGGAGAGGUGGGAAUCAUUCCCGAGGAAGAGGUGGAUGAAAAUGGCACUGAUGAUGCGUGUGCAUCUGGUGACAUUACAGGCGCAUCAAAGCCAGUCAGUGUCACAGAAGGAAAGGAGAGUUCUGCUGCUCUUGGCAUAGAAACCAAUGCUGCUCUCAGUGAUAAAGACACCUAUGGCUCUCCUGUUUCUUCCCAGCAUGCUCUGCCCUCCGCCUGCAACGACUCAGGCAUCAAUGGUCUGAUUCCUCAGCAGCCCAGAAAAUCCUCUGCCCGCAGGAACGCCUGGGGAAACUAUUCCUACGCAGACCUCAUCACUCAAGCCAUCGAGAGCACGCCUGAGAAGAGGCUGACUUUGGCCCAGAUUUAUGAUUGGAUGGUCCGGAAUGUGCCAUACUUCAAGGACAAAGGUGACAGCAACAGCUCUGCGGGAUGGAAGAACUCAAUACGACAUAACCUGUCACUCCACAGUCGCUUUGUCCGGGUCCAAAAUGAAGGAACAGGAAAGAGUUCAUGGUGGAUGGUCAAUCCUGAUGGCGGAAAAGGGGGAAAAGCCCCUCGGAGACGUGCAGUUUCCAUGGACAACAGUAAUAAGCUCAUCAAGAGCGCCCGUGGCCGUGCCGCAAAGAAAAAGGCAGCUCUUCAGGCUACUCAGGACGGAAGCUCAGAGAGUUCCUCCAGCCUGUCCAAAUGGACCGGCAGCCCGACCUCCCGCAGUAGCGAUGAGCUCGAUGCUUGGACGGAUUUCCGUUCUCGCACUAAUUCCAAUGCCAGCACCCUAAGCGGACGCCUUUCUCCGAUUCUGGCCAACCUCGAGAUGGACGAAGUUCCUGACGACGACUCUCCCCUGUCGCCCAUGCUGUACUCCAGCCCUAGUAGUAUGUCUCCAUCCACCGGGCUGACCGAACUGCCCCGUCUAGCUGACCUUGCAGGAACCAUGAACCUCAACGACGGCCUCUCCGACAACCUAAUGGACGACCUUCUAGACAACAUCAGCUUGACUGCUUCCCAGUCUCCAGGUCAAGAUGAGAGUGGGGCCAACCUACAGGGAAGCCCUGUGUUUACCUUCAGCUGCUCUGGGAGCAGUCUGGCAAUUCCCACUGGCAGCUAUGGCACUAACUCCAUGUUCAGCCCUCCGUGUGUCACCGCCCUGAGGCAGUCUCCAAUGCAAACAAUCCAGGAAAACAAGCAGGCUACGUUCUCCUGCGGUUCCCUCUUUAGCGAACAGAGUCUGCAGGACUUGCUCAGCUCCGAGUCCAACAGUCACAGCGAUGUCCUUCUUACCCAGUCUGACCCGCUUAUGUCACAAGCCAGUGCCUCCCUUUCCUCCCAGAAUGCCCGUCGUAGUGCGCUGUUGCUGCGUAAUGAUCCCAUGAUGUCCAACCAGGCUGGGCCUGGAGGACAAGCAGGGCUCAAGAAGGCGUCGCCAUCGGGAUGGCGGAUGAACUGCAGCGAGUCAGACUACCAAAGCUUGAUGAAGCAACAUCUCCAACAGUCUCCCUUCAGAAGCACAUCUAUGCAGCUCAACUCCUCUGAUUCAUUGUUGGCAGGUCUCAAUGGCAGCGUUUCCUCGGUUCAAUUGGCAUCUCAGGACCGAUUCCCAUCUGAAUUGGAUCUUGAGGCGUUAAGUGGGAGUUUCGAUUGCGACAUGGACACCAUCACUCGCAACGAUCUGAUGGAUGCCGAUGGCCUGGAGUUCAGCUUCGAUUCCCAUCUUAUCUCCUCUCAGAAUGCUAACCUGACUUCAGAGAGCUUCUCCAGAACCAAACGAACCUCCUCCCAAAGCUGGGUACCAGGUUGAUCCGGCCAGGCCCAGGAAUGUAGGGACGGACAGAACACCGCAUUUGAGCCAACUGUCCACUGUAAAGCAACUGUACAUUAUGCUGUAGAAAAGCUAUUUGACAUCCAUUGGAAUCAGUUUGAGUUAACGUCAAUGAUUUACCCAGUCGGUGUUGUAGUUGUGUGUUUUGUAUUGUCAUGAUUGAGGCUGGUUUAAUGGACGUUGUAAAGUGUUUCACCCAAUUUAACCUUGAAGUGCUUGCAGGUUAAUCUAAUUGCCAGUGACUAGGUAAUGAACUCCGCUGCUGGAAUAUGGUAGGUGUAGUAUCGUAAACAAAAGGUUGUCUAUAUAUGAAGACUUGAAGGUCAGUACUUCCCUUAGUCCAUCUACAAAACAAAAUCCCUGAAUCCACCACUGUGUAUGAGGGUGCCUGCACACUAGAGAAAGCUCUUACAAAUGCAUUUGAGAGUGCGGAAAGAGUUGGGUCAGUUUGACAACCAAGUAAGAAUCUUGAAUUCUCUAGUACCUACGACAGAAACUGGUACCUGCGACUGGCAUUGCAGUGAAAGUUAAAAUAUUCUCAACUUUUGGUCGUCACUUUAGCAAACCCUGGCAUUUUCUUUGUCGUUGCGAUAAGUUAUCCCAAUUGAAAUCAAGUCUAGUCUGUACUCUAGUCUGAAGGUGCCCUUAGUUAAUUUAUUGUAACCGUAAUCAAGAUUAAUAGAUUUCCAGUCCUCACAUUGAAACAAACACUUGCCUUUUGCCAAACGUGUCCUCUACUGGACAAUUGCAACAAUGGCCUGUUUACAAUAUGAACUAUUGAGAAUGUUUUUCGUUGUCCGAAAAAAUGGCCAUGAAAAAUCUGUCUGUUUCUCAGAUUAUUUUUCAUAAAACUGAAAAGGGGAAGUUAUUGUGUUUUUGUGAAACCAGUGAUCAUAUUGUAUCCUUGACUCCUUUUAUGGAAAAGUGAAAUAUGAUGAUGAUAAGCUAUGUAUUUAGUGUUCUGCUGUAUGAAACUAGUUUGUCAGUGUUUCCCAUGGAUUUCCUAACAAAACCUGCAUUUAUCCUGCUCGGGGGUUCUUGAACACGAGCAUCUCAAUCACCCCUAAACCGCUUUUACUUCCGAUGUCAACCAUUUUAGAAUAGAUUAUGAGCUAUAUAUUUGUAUUUUUGUAUGUGUUUAUACACUCACACACAUGGGGCCUCAUUCAUGAAGUAAUUGCUGUAUAAAUGAUUUAUAAAAUCUGAGUAGUUGAACAAUUUAGACAUUUGUAAAACAAAAUUUUGUUCAUUAAUUGAUACUUUCAAUUUGAUUAGUGAUUAUGUGUGCAUAUACUGUACAGUCUGUAUACAUGCAUGCCACCAUUUACUUUAGAAUGGGUUUACAAUUUCUGCCUAAAUCAUAGAUUUCUGUUGUACUUGUAUUUCAUAAAUGAGGUCCAUGGUGCAUCUGUGUAUGUGCUGUACACUGAAUAUGUGUGCGUGUGUUCACACAUAAAUAUUGGAUUUAUUCUAAACAUAAGGUAUAUUAACAAUUAUAAAAUUUGGAACGCUGAUUAAGGACCACUAGAUGUUUGUGUAUUUGUAGCAGGAUAAAAUUAAGCUAAGCAUUUGGUGCUAAGUGAAAUUGUGUUGGGUCAGUUCAUAUGGCUGGCAUGUUACUUUCUUAGCAUUUAUGUGUACAUUUCUACACAAUGGCUGGUGCUAGUAGAACGUGUCCAUCAGUUGUUAUGGCAGUGUGUUUGAAGCAUCCUAACAGUUUUUAAAUGAAAGGCAGCCACAUUGUAGUAUAUGGAUAAGCUAUGUAAGAAAGCACCUACGUUGUACUGUAUUUCACUGUUGGUCUUGAACAUGCCAGACAACCAAAUUUGAGGCUGGUGAAAAAUAAUGCAACUAUUCAGUCUGAUGAAAUAGUAGUGCCAUUCAGGGACAACUUGCAGGCGGUUCAAUAGUUGUAACCUAAUGUUGUUUUAACAUCACAGUCGAAUGUACCUUUUGUUAAGGUCCGUUUCACACCCAGAAUUUUUAAAAGCCUCUUAUAAGCAAUGAUUUUUUAUAAUCUGCUUUUUAUAAUCAGCUGGAGUCACAGAAUUUAAGAUGACUAUAAAAAGUUGAUUGUGCUGUGUUUACCUUUGUUUACUUACUGUAGUUUCACAUUGUGUAAUCCGUUUCAGCAUCAUAAAUGGCAUCCUCAAAAUCGAAAUGCUUUUAAUUCUUGGUUUUCAUAUUCUUUGGGUAGGAUCAUCGUACUUCGCGAAAGAACUACUACAAUUUUUAUUCAUUUUGAAUUGUAAUCUUUAAGAAGGAAUUAACAUGAAUUGUGAAGACGAAACCUCCGUGUGUAGCACCUCACACCACAGUUGGCCGUUAGUUAGCAUCCACUCAAUGUUUGCUUGACUUUACCUGUGUAUUUCCAUUUUGGAUAAUGUAAACAAGGUAGUGCAAGGCAAGGUGCAUGUAAAUAAAGCUUGUAUUACACAAUA